GCGCGCGCGAGAUAGAGAGAGAGAUGGAGAAUAUGUCGUCGAGCAGACGAGUGGAGACUGUCAUGUCGGCGCGCGCAGCGCUCGUUUAAAGCCGCAGGAUUUGGAUUAGCCUGUAUGAGAGCCGAUGAGUCUUGAGGUAGUGAAGGAGGAAGGGAGGAAGCAAGGGAAGAAGGGAGGGAGCUAAGGGCUGAUUUUGAUCUUUUUCGGGAUCGAGAGGAGAAGAAGGGAGGUGCGAGGCACGCAGAAUGGGCUAUUUUAGACCCGGGCACUGAGAGCGUUCUUUGCGCGGAGUAUUAGGCAGCCUUCGACGCAAGCAAAUCGCCUCCUCCCGCGGCCACCGCCAAGUCGACGACGCCGACGAGCUCCGUCGACUUCCCGUCAGGAUAGCGCCAGUUCUCGCCAGCCUGCUUCACGCUCAAGUGGUCUUCGCUGGACAUGAAAGUGCAGCAAGGCUGCAACUCAUCAGACAUGGGCAUACCCGUCACCACCGAAGAAGAACUGCGUCGAAACAGCGUCAUCACGCCCGAGGAUGUGCUUGGGUUACAGAAAAUCACCAAGAAUUACCUUUGUUCACCGGAGGAAAACGUCCACAUGAUCGACUUCACCAGAUUUAAGAUCCGUGAUAUGGAAACGGGAACAGUGCUGUUUGAGAUCACUAAACCUCCAGCACCAGCAGGAGGCAGAAAGCAAUGUGACCCCAACGCCGGGCGCUUUGUUCGCUACCAGUUCACCCCCGCCUUCCUACAGUUGCGGCAGGUCGGAGCCACGGUGGAGUUCACAGUGGGCGACACGCCCAUCAACAACUUCCGUAUGAUCGAGAGACACUACUUCCGCGACCAGCUGCUCAAGAGCUUUGACUUUGAAUUUGGCUUCUGCAUGCCCAGCAGCAAGAACACAUGCGAGCACAUCUACGAGUUCCCCGCACUGUCAGAGGACAUCAUGCGUGAGAUGAUCCUGCAUCCUUAUGAGACACAAUCUGACAGCUUCUACUUUGUGGACAACAAAUUAGUGAUGCACAACAAGGCAGACUACUCCUAUAGCGGGGGCCCGUAGAAACACCAACCUCCCCCCCGCUUCUUUAGACAUUGUCCAAUCCGCUGUUUCCACGUCAGGAGCCGGAAAUAGAAGAAGCCACAGAUGUCCGUUUCAUUUCUGUUAAGUCCUUGUGUAGCAAUGCAUACCUGUGCGCAUACAGGUGUGUGUGUGUGUGUGUUUGGCCGGCAAAUGCGUUGUGAAUACAAUUCAUAUCAAUUCAUUAGCUGGACACUGGUUCAUUUCCGUUUUGUGUGUUUUGAUAGGCAGUAACAGCUAGAGAUGACAUAAUUAUUUGUCUUUAUGGGCCCUGAUAUUUAUUUAGUUUGUCCGACAGAUGGAUUAUUUUUCUUUUGCACAUGAUUAUGCCACUCGGCUCAGAAUGAGAGGCGGAAAAGUUCUCAGUUGGUGUGGAUCAUUUUUUGUUUUCAGGUUCAUAGCACUUAGUGUGUCCAGAGUAUUUUUCAAAGGAGUAGCCAUUUUGAAUUGUCAGACUGUAUUCAGAGAAAUUUUGAAUUUUGAUAUCCAGUACAUACGUUGUAGUACAGAACACUGCGUGUACAUUUUAAUCAUGAUAUUAAGUGUUGUAAAAAAAUUAUGUCUAAUUUUGAAAAGUGAAAUCACAUCAUUGCAAUAAAUAUGGGACUUUUUUUCCCCAAAAA